AUGUCUCAAGAAAAUGAGAAGGAGGAAUUUGUGGUUGAUAUGGAUGAUGCCUGUCCAAACAACUUGCAGAUUGUUAGAUCUUAUCCUCCUGAGAGAAGUUCUUAUCCCCAGGAAGGAAAUUUGGCCCUGGCUAUUGUCCCUAAAAUUAAGGAAGUUCAGCCACUGAAUGUAGGUAAAAAGCUAUCUCCUAACAAAACAUUGCAUGAUGUUGUUUCUCAUAAUCUACAAGAUGAGAAGGAAAAUAAGGCCCUGGACAAUCUAAUGAAAGAAGAUGCUAAUAGUGCCCUUAAAGAAAUUAUUCUUCAAAAGGUCUAUAAUGAAGCAGGAAUUUCUCCAAAAACACAAGGUAAAGGGGCAAAAAAGGGAAGAAACAAGGUGUCUCAAAAGUUCAACAAAUCAGUGAAUUCUCAAAAAGCUUUCCAUAGAGUUCAAAUGUUACAUAGAGAUCAUAAAUUUUUCUUGGUGGCUCUGAUGGAACCUUUUCAACAUCAGAGACAGAUUCAGAAGUAUAGAAGGAAACUUGGUAUGCCUAAUGCCAAUUUCAAUUGUAAUGGUAAAAUCUGGUUCUUUGUUCAAGACAAAGUAGAUGUAGAAGUACUUCUGGAUACUGAACAAUCUAUUACUAAUAAAUUGUUCUUCCAAGAUCUGAAUAAAGCAAUGGUGGUUUCAAUGAUUUAUGCUAAAUGUAAUGAAGGGGAUAGAUUGCAGUUGUGGGAUGAUAUGUAUGGUGUGGCAAGUAACAUGGCAUUCCCUUGGCUGAUUGGUGGUGAUUUCAAUAUCAUUUUAAAUGAAGAGGAAAAAAUAGGAGGUUUGCCAGUUUCCCCACAAGAGUAUGAAGAUUUUGCAUUCUGCAUGAAUUCUUGUGAACUGCAUGAGAUUCCUUUUAAAGGGAGUCCUUUCACAUGGUGGAAUGGUAGGGCUGCUAAUUAUUGUAUUUUUAAGAGGCUGGAUAGAAUGUUGCAUAAUGAGCUAUUUCAAGAUUGGUUUGGCAAUUUAAAGGUGGAAUAUUUGUCUAGAACAGGAUCUGAUCAUGCUCCAUUACUUUUAACUUGUGGGGAUCAGGAAGAAGAAUUGUCUGAAGAUGUGUUCCUGUCAUUUAAACUCAAGCUGAAAAAGGUGAAAAUUGCUUUAAGUAAGUGGAGCAAGGAGACUUUUGGAGAUAUCUUUAAGCAACUGGUUAUCAGAGAGGAUAUAGUCAAAAUUAAAGAACAACUGUUUGAGGAGGAUCCUUCAGAAGAGAAUAGAAUGGUGAUUUUGGUCAAAGGUAAGUGGAACAAAAUCCAAGUCAGGAGAAUUAAAAAUGCUGAUGGCGUGUGGUUAGAGGAAGCUGACAAACUUGCUGAUGAGGCUGUUUCAUUCUAUCAUAGGCAGUUUUCUCAAGAAGAUCAGAUUGAAGAAUCUCCUAUUCUUAAUCAUGUUCCUGAAAUGAUUAAGGAUGAGGAUAAUGUAUUGCUUGCAGACCAACCUACUAUGGAAGAAGUGAAGAAAGCUGUUUUUGAAUUAUCAGGUGACAGUGCUUGUGGACCAGAUGGUUUUUCUGGGAUAUUUUAUCAGAAGUGUUGGGAAGUGAUCAAAGUUGAUGUGGUUAAUGUAGUUAAAGCUUUCUAUGAGGGUCAGACCCUUCCUAAGUCAAUUACUCACACUAACUUAGUACUGUUGCCAAAGAAGAAUGUGGUGGAAACAUUUUCUAAUAUGAGGCCUAUAAGCCUCAGCAACUUCGUUAGUAAGGUCAUCUCUAGAGUGGUGCAUGACAGGCUUGAUAGACUGUUACCAGCUGUGAUAUCUUCUAACAAAUCAGGAUUUGUCAAGGGCAGGAAUAUUAUUGAGAAUGUAUUGUUGACACAGGAAAUUAUUACAGACAUAAGGAAGAGAGGGAAACCUGCCAAUGUUGUUAUUAAGUUGGAUAUGACAAAAGCAUAUGACAGAGUUUCAUGGCUAUAUCUCUGGAAGGUAAUGAAGAAAAUGGGAUUUUCUGAGUAUUCUGUGCUGUUGAAUGUCCAUGCUCAUGGUUUCUUUCAUUCAACAAGAGGAAUCAAGCAGGGAGACCCCCUCUCUCCUGCUCUAUUCAUCAUUUCUGCAGAAGUACUUUCAAGAGCAUUGAACUCCUUAUUUGAUUAA